AAAGCUGCGUCCCCGUUUGAAACUUGUACUGAGGUUAUUUCUGUCAGCGAGCAAUGGGAAGAGGGGAAUUAACCAAGCUGGAUGCAGCCCUUCUGCUGUGUCAGCAGCAGUGCCGAGGGAGCGCUGGGGUCCCGGUACCUGCAUCAGGGGUGGAGCUUGGCGUGGUGCUGGGGCUGGCCCUGAGCUGUUACCCACAGCCGUGGGGCAAACGGGUCGGGAAAAGCCUCUCCGUGCCUGCAGGUGAAGGGCAGCCAGGCCAUGAACAUCAUCAGUGCCAUCUUUGCGCUCCUGGGCAUCGUCGCCUUCAUCAUUGACCUCAACUUCAACGGGCUGUACCGAUCCAGCUAUGACGACGACAGCCACCUUGUCCUGCUCGCAGGGAACGGCAUCUCCAUCGUGCUGCUCAUCUUCACCAUCCUGGAGUUCUGCAUUGCUGUCGCCACUGCCAACUUCUGGUGCCGGGCAACACGCCUCAGCCCCAAUGAGGCCAUGCUGAUUGUGCCCAGCACCACCAGGGUGGACCUGGCCGUGGUGCAAGCAGAGCUGCCACAGCCGCCCAGCUACUCGGAGGUGACAGGGCUCUGGGAGGGCUGCACGGAACCCCCAGCUCACCGUGCAGCAGCCAUCUCUGAGCACUUCUCUUUCACAGCUGGUAGCCCCUGAAGUAUAGCUGGGCAGAAAGGACGUCCCGGAAGCCACCUGCAGCCCCAGGGCAUCGGCACCUCCUCUUGCUGCGCUGCAGGCUGGGGCAUGCUUGUAGCCCCUGAACCUAGCCCCCUGCCC